AUGUCUACUACUCAAGAAGGUAACUCCCUAGAACGAAUUACUGUGAAGAUUCCACAAUUUUGGCCAGCAGAUCCUGAGCUGUGGUUUGCGCAGGUCGAGACCCAAUUCUCCUUGGCUCGGAUCACAUCUGAUGAAACAAAAUUCUUUUAUGUUUGUGGAAAUCUUGAUGCUAAAUACGCUGCUGAAGUGAGAGACAUCCUCACAAGACCACCAACCGAGGGAAAAUACGAAAAACUGAAAACAGAAUUGAUACAACGCCUAAGCUCUUCACAGGAACAGAAGACCAGACGUCUCCUGGAACAUGAAGAAAUGGGAGAUCGAAAGCCCUCGCAGUUCCUCAGACAUCUUCGUGCUUUGGCUGGUACCGUUGUACCUGACACUGUGCUGAAAACUCUGUGGUUGAGUCGUCUGCCUUCAUCAACUCAAGCCAUUUUAGCAACAUAA